UGAAUGCCUGCAAGAAACGACACAGAAAUAAUAGGGCAGAGCGAUCAAACAGAGAAAUCUACAUUUUGAUUGAUCUUUCUUUUAAAGCUUGAUGUGCGUGUCUCUGCGCGCACCCGAAACGAACCUGAGCCAAAAGCAAACUCCUCAGACUCCUCCCUCCUCCUCCCUUCGGUUUCUCGCAUCCUCUCCCUCCCCCCCCCGGUGCUCUAUGCUCAGUUCGGUGUGUGUCUCCUCUUUCAAAGGGCGCAAGGGUGGGAACAAGUCGUCCAACAAAGCAUGUUACAGCGCAGACAUGACUUGUCCGUCGGAAAGCGAGAAAAUCGUGAUAAACUGCGGGGGGGUGCGGCAUGAGACCUACCGGAGCACCCUGAAGACGCUGCCCGGGACCCGCCUGUCUUGGCUCACCGAGCCGGACGCCUUCAGCAACUUCGACUACGACCCCAAAUUGGACGAGUUCUUCUUCGACCGCCACCCGUCGGUCUUCUCCUUUAUCCUAAACUACUACCGCACAGGGAAGUUGCACUGUCCCAACGAUGUGUGCGGUCCGCUGUUCGAGGAGGAGCUGGCCUUCUGGGGUAUCGACGAGACGGACGUGGAGGCGUGCUGCUGGAUGAACUACCGGCAGCACCGGGACGCGGAGGAGGCGCUCGACAGCUUUGAGACCCCGGAGCCCGACGUGCCGGACGACGACCCGGCUCUGGGUGGCGCGGACGGGGACUUGAAAAGACUGUGUCUGCAGGAGGACGCACGGAGAGGCUGGUGGAAGACCUGGCAGCCCAGAAUAUGGGCUCUGUUCGAAGACCCGUAUUCGUCCAAAUACGCCCGGUAUGUGGCAUUCAUUUCCCUCUUCUUCAUCCUCAUCUCCAUUUCCACUUUCUGCAUGGAGACGCAUGAGGCCUUCAACACCAUCCUAAACAAGACAGAGAACAUCACAAAUGGCAACGUGACUAAUGAGGAGAUAGUGUAUGAAGUGGUGACUGACAGCUGGUUGACAUAUGUUGAAGGUGUAUGCGUCAUUUGGUUUACCAUUGAGGUCUUGCUGCGGGUUAUCUUCUGUCCAGACAAGUUGGAAUUCUUCAAAAGUGCCCUCAACAUCAUCGACUUUGUUGCCAUCCUGCCCUUCUAUCUGGAGGUCGGCUUGAGUGGUCUGUCCUCCAAAGCUGCCAAGGAUGUCCUGGGGUUCCUGCGUGUUGUCCGAUUCGUGCGUAUCCUCCGAAUCUUCAAGCUUACUCGUCACUUUGUGGGUCUCCGAGUCCUCGGCCACACCCUUCGUGCCAGUACCAAUGAAUUUCUCCUCCUCAUCAUCUUCUUGGCCCUUGGUGUCCUCAUCUUUGCCACAAUGAUCUACUAUGCUGAGCGAAUUGGGGCACAUCCAGAUGACCCUACUGCCAGCGCCCACACCAACUUCAAGAACAUCCCUAUUGGAUUUUGGUGGGCCGUGGUUACAAUGACCACAUUGGGUUAUGGUGAUAUGUACCCGGAGACGUGGUCAGGAAUGCUGGUGGGUGCGCUCUGUGCCUUGGCUGGUGUGCUAACCAUUGCUAUGCCUGUACCUGUCAUUGUGAACAACUUCGGCAUGUACUACUCCCUGGCUAUGGCCAAGCAAAAGCUGCCCAAAAAGAAGAACAAACAUAUCCCUCGAGCACCUCAACCGGGGUCACCCAACUACUGCAAGCCAGACGCUCUGGCAAUGGCUACUGCCUCACCACAAAGGAUCUUGGGAAAUGUCUUAGGCGGAGUGAUGGGGUCCGGAGGUCUAGGGGGUGACUGCCCUCUUGCUCAAGAGGAAAUUAUAGAGAUCAAUAGAGAUUCCAAGCAGAAUGGUGACGCAGCCUCGGCCGCCUUGGCUAACGAAGACUGCCCCACCAUCGACCAGGUGCUGAGCCCGGACGAGCGGAGCCCCAUUGGGCGGGGCCCCACUCGGGAACGCUACCAGCAGGACCGAGCCUGCUUCCUACUCAACACCAGGGAAUUCCGUGCCACAGAUGGGAACGUUCGGAAAGGUUGUGUCAUAUCACGCGUGUCGACUGGCCAAGAGAAAUCUCGCAGUCUCAAUAACAUAUCAGGAAUGGCUGGGUCAUCCCUGCGGCUCGCCCCCAUCACUAGUCCACCAUUUGAGAACUAUGAGACCCCGGGACAACUGCGUCGCUGUCGCUCCCCUAUCCCCUCCAUUUUGUAGCAGAAAGGAUGCUCUUGAUUGGAUGAUAAAGAAGUGGAUUAGUUACAGACUGAUCACGCUGAAACUUCCCUUUGCAUUAUAUUAUAUUGUGCAAACAAAUAGCAAUAAUGUGAAAUGAACUUGAAUGUAGAGUGACCUGUAGUCGUGAUUUCAAGUUUGUGAUGCAUGCAUCAGGUAUGCAAAUGGGGUAAAAGUACAAAAUGUAGCUUUAAAGACAGUUAUUCUAAAUUAUUAAAUGAAAUAUUAAAAUAUUUGGAUUGUUUAGUGAAUAAAAAAAAUUGAUAUUGAUAUUUUAAAAAGUUACAUUUAUAGCUAGACAUUCAUUUUGUGUUGUGGACCAAAUAAAACUAAGCUAGCAUCUCCAGCCAGAGAAAUGAACAUGAAACAAAAAUAAGUUAAUUUAGCCAAAGAAAAAAAUCUUCAUUUGUAGAUUACAUUGAUGGUAAACUUGUUUCCUGCAUUUGUUGUUUGUGACUUAUGAUGUAUGAGGAUAGUAGGAAUAACAAUGAUUAGUUCUUUGCUUCUGUAAAACACAAUAUUAGCAUCCUGUCAUCAUAGGAUACUUACAGUAUGUAGAAAGUUUAAGCAUCAUGUUAAAGCAAUGUCUAGAGCUAAAAAAAGAUAUACUGCGAUGUAAAUUAAGAGUAUUAAUAGGCCUAAUCUUAAUACACUGAGGAUAGAAUCCCAUAUAUGCAAAUACUGAAUAACCUUGGAGUUAGCAGGUAAAGGUCCAUUCUGUCAUUUUAAGGACGGGUAGGGGAGGAACAUGUGUAACUAUAUAAAAUGAAGAUCUGCGCAAAAUGAGUUUUGAAUGCAGAAAACAUAACUUUAGCAGGUUUUUUACCUUUUCAAUUCUUUCCGAUUAUAGAAAAUCAAGAUAAUCUUUGUUUUUUCAGACAGAAAUAUCUAGCAUGCAUUUCAGACCUGCUCGCUAGCCCUCAUCUAAUUAUGUAUUGCAGUUACAGGGAAGUACCACAUUAGCAUGGUAUUUAUGUCAUCUAAAUUAUUUUAUUCAAAACAGAAAAGCAACAAUUAUUCCUGCUGUUGCUAAUAUAGCAGUCUUGUUUCAGGCAGCUGACCAGAAGUGCACAGCAACAGGUUAAAAAGAAUGGGUAGUUUGUGUUAAUCUGUGCUUCAAGCAUUCAGAAAAAACUUUGGGUACUCGGGCCCUUCCUCUGUCAUCUCAAUUAAAGCACUUUAAAAAGUAGUACGGGUAAUAUGGAAAACAUUAUCGCUUUGAAACUUUUUCUUGAUACUUUAUGUUAUGCUAGCAAUCAUUCAACACACUCACACAUACGUGACCUAUGCUGAGCUUUUACUGCACAUGAGCAACUCAUUUGUGCUGAUCCUCAUUUUAGGCAGUUACUAGGUCAGGGGUCUGCAACCUCUGCAAGAGCCAUUUUUGCUCUCAGUCCAGCUAAAUAAAACGUGUUUAGAGCUGCUAAUGUUACAUGAUCUUUUGAAUAAAGACAAGCUUUACUUUUUGAUAAAUAUCUACUACUGGAAAUUUGUUGUCACUUUUAAAGAACCCACAUUUAUUCUAUGUUUAGGUUUUAAAAUAAAGAGAAACAAAACUGUUGUGAAAAGAGAACUGAUUAUUUCCCAAUCUAAUGACAAGAAAAAUAGAUUUAAAAAUAUUCUGGUAUCUUUGUCAUUGUGUUUUGAAAAAUCAAUGCAGUUGUUCGAUGAAAAAAAUUGACAAACUGCUUAAACCUCAUUUGUUAUUAUAUCUAUAUUUAAAAACAUUUGUUGGUUUUUCUUCUUCUUUAGCCAGAGUUGUUGUAGAAGGUUCAAAGAGCCGUUUGCGGCUCCGCAGUUGCAGGUUGCAGAUCCCUGGACUAGGUGCUAAUACACUGACGUGUCGGGUACACAUUUUGGAACUGAGUUAGCAUGAUGCUAACACUGUGCUAACACACAAGCACAGAGUUAGCAUUGUUGUUCAAAAACAAAGAUUUUUGGGAAUAAUUUGUAAAUUUUUCUCAUGCUGGAGAUAAAAGUUGAUAGAAAAGUUUAAAAUUAUAUCAUUUAAAAAUCAGCUGUUUCUGUAUUCUGAUGACAUUAUACUUGGUCUUGGCAACAAAUACCACCUGAGCAUGAAACUGUGGUUGAAAAGUGAAAGGUUAGAAGACAUCCACAUUAGGAUGUCUAAAUGUGGUUGAAAGCUGGCUGGGGCUGAUCAAAUGGGCUGACCUAGCCUGACUUUCAAUGUUCCUUGUUUAGACUUGAUUUGAAUGAGACCUAUGAGCUAAAAAAUACCAAUUUUCAAAAUAUUUUUCCGGGCUAAAUAGAGUCAAGGACUGACAACCUUUAAAAGGCACAAAAAAAGAUCUUAAUGGAUGUCCAUUGUGUGGAAGGUAGUCAUGAUUAGCGUGGAAUAAUCACUGGCCACCAGAACUUAAAGAGACAGUAUUGUUAAGUGAGUCUAUUGACAAAAUAACAACUAAAAAUUACAACACAUAAUAAGUUUUGCACUACAUUAUUUAUUUGAUGACAGGAAAUGGCUGAAUGGACGAUUGGAAAAAAUCCUUAUCAAGACAGUAAUAUAAAUGAAAUAUUUAAUAUUAGCUUGUUUAUUUUUUUAAGAAAUCUAAGUGCAGUGGAUUUUAAAAGCUCCUCAAAAAGUAAUUUUAAAAGGUCAUAUUUAAAUGACUGUGUUUAACUAUAAAGCUAAAACAAAAACAAGCACUUUACUAACAAUCAGUGUUAAUUACUAAAUGUUAAAACUUGCAUGUAGGCGUAAGGUAUGGAUUAUAUAAAACAGACUGGACUCAAGCCCACAUCAUUGAACACACUUUGAUUAUUGUUUGUAUCACCUCAUGACUGUUAGUUUUCCUAAUCAGGUUUUAUUUGUUUUAAAUGUUUCUCUAAAAUGAAUAAUAUAUAUAUUUUUUUCUAAUUUGACUGAAAAUAAACAAUCUGUAUCUCUAAACAAUGUUUUUAACUAUUACAGCUGAGAUAAACAUCUUUAGGUGUAUCUUUUUCAUGUAUAUACAUUCUGUGUUGAGCAACAGAUGAGCAAAAAAAGUCUAAAAAAUGUCACAUUCACAUAUGCAAUAAAUGUGCAAUAUUUCUUUAAUGCUGGAAAACAUGCUGUGCAUAAACAUGUAAAUAUGCAGAUAUAUUUUUACCCUGAAAAGGUGCACAUACUUAAAAGGCAGACCACUUGUUAGCAUGAUUCAGCUUUUCUGGUUGUAAGUGUAGAAAAGUGUUCAGACCAGAGCCAUUUUUCAUUUUCACUUAAAGCCAGUGUAGUCCAUGUUGAUGUGGUAGAAGUUUUAAAUGGUUUUAGGUUGGAAAACAAGUCAUAUCUUUCUUUUUUUUUUAUUUUGCUGCUUUUCAUUGUAACGAACCACAUUGCUGUACCACUGGAUAUAAAACGUUCAAAGAAAAUAUAAAAUAAAAACAAAACUGAUUUAGGAUCACAUUUUCCACGUGUAAAAGAUGAUCAUUUGUAUGUUUGUUUAGGUGUUUAUAGUAUAACUAUUACAAUCUGUGGUCCUGGUACCAUUUGUUUUUUAAAUCCAUGUGCUUCCAAAGUUUUAACUUGAAGAACUGCAGUUGAAAUUUGUAAAUGAAACAUCUGUCAGCACUUGAAUGUUUGCUUUAAUUGACUGGAAUUGAAACUUUCUGCUGUGGGACAGAUGUAAAACAUUUUUCAGACAUAUAUUUAGGGUUUUGCUUUAUGUCCCCAAUUUCAUGUAAAAAAAAAGAUAAUUUGUCAUUUAGCAUGCUGAGCAGUUUUGUAGCUUUUUGCUGUAUAAUGUGAAACCGAACUUGGGUAAUGGUUUUUAAAUGAAGAGAACCAUUUUAUGAGCACCUAAUGAGGAAAAUGCAUGGUGAUAUUCUGUACAGUCAUUGGGCUUUCUUCAGAAAAUCAUGGUCCAUAUGAACAAACAUGGAAUAAUACUUUCAUUCUUUAUCUGUUGGUUUUCUUUGCUUAGUACCUCAUUAAACCUUUUAAGCGCACUUACAUGUUGUACAAUCAUAAAGCGACUCCAUCAGAGGAUAUUACCCUCUGUGGAUGCUUUGGAUUAUACUUGUAAAUCACUUGUGCAUGUUAUCAUUUACAGUAAAGGAAGAGUGCAAAUAUUUUAUGCAACUGACAGAAAAUGGAUAAGAAGAAUCAAAUAAUUUCUCACACAGCUUUAUUUUGAAAUUUGUUUUGCUGUACUUAUAUUUAUAUUUGUGUUUUACCAAAACCGAUUAGGUUAAUUAGACUGUCACGACUGAGAAUCAUCUUUUGUUCUGACAAGUUAAAUUGAAUAGUUUUCACCUAACAUUGUAGGAAACAAACCAGGCCUUGUUGUGCCUCCAUGAGGUCCCUGUAGACCCUGAUGUCAAUGUAGAAUGCAAAAUAUGGCUAGAUUUAACUAGCUAAAACUCUGAAGCAUUGCUUAAUAGUUCAGUGCUCAUUAUAAAAAAUGUACAUGUGAAUGCAUUAAAGUUAUUUGAUGUCAUUCGUAUUGAUUCUUUAUGUUUACAUCAAGAUUUUCACCAAGAUUAAUAAACAUAAAUCUACCAAAUGUUAUUGAUAAAAAGGUUUCUGGCAACAAAUACAGGCUAAAAGCCCACAGUCCUAAUGUGUGCAGACAGAAUCGGAUCAUAUAAGGAUUAAAUGCAAAGUAUAUUAUUGAAUACAGCUACUUGCUAAAACUAUUUAUACCCCUUUUGCAUUUUGUCAUGUUGCAAUCCCUGAAUUCAGUAUUUUAUUUAAUUGUUUUGUGAUAAACCAACAAAAAAACAUGCAUAAUCGUAAAAUGGAAUGAAAAAUAUGCAUGGUUUUAUAGUUUUUAUUUACAAAUUGAAAUCUAGAAAUUGUGGCAUGUAUAUUUUUUUUUACCCCUAAAUAAAAAUCCAGGUCAAUCAGUAUCUUUGAGAUGUCACUUGACAAGUAAACAGGAUCAAUCUCUGUGUAAUUUAAUCACAGUAUAAAAAUUGCAGCUGUUCUGUGAAGACCUUAGAAGUUGUUAUAGGACAUUAGUGAACAUACAGGAUCACAGCAGACAGGUCAAGGAGAAGGUUUAAAGCAGAGUAGGAUCGAAAACAAUAUCCCAAGCUCUGAACAUUGAAGUUUAUAACUACAAACCAACCAAAACAUAGGUGUCCACCUAAACUGACAGACCAAGCAAGAAGAGCAUUAGUCAAAGAAACGAGGCCCAUGGUAACUCCAGAGGAGCUGCAGACAUCCACAGCUCAGGUGGGAGAAUGCGUUUACUGUGUGAACUAUUAUAUGUACAAAUGAACAAGUUAUGCUCAAAGUGAAAGUGUACAAUUUUGGGCUUUAUCUAUUUUGAAAAGAAGAAUGAGCAAAAGUGUCAUGUGCAGGUGUAACAAGUGAAAGGUUGUUUUACAAACUAUAAAAUUAGGGGCCUGAAUAUGAAUAAAUGCUGCAAUUUAUAGAUUUUUACUUGUAAAAAGAAUAGAAAGUAAUGCAUCAUUGUCUUUGACUUCACAGUACUCCAUUUGUAUUGGUCUAUCACACAAAAUCAUAAACCUCCAUGUAUAAAAUUCAUGGAGGUUUGUGGUUGUGAAAUGACAAAGUCUGAAGAAGUAUUGCAUAUAAAUACUUUUGCAAGGCACUGUAAAAUGUGCACUACAUGUAAUUAGCCAUUGUUAAUGUUUCCUGAAACAGCCAGAUCUCUUGACAGAAGGUGUAUAAACUUCGCUGUUAUACAAUGUAAUAUAGGUACACCUUGUUAGCAUGCAACAAUGUGUUAGUAAAGUGUUAGCACGUGUUAGCAUUCUGUUGGAGGCAACAUUUUAAAUUAUCGUUACAGAGCUGUGGGGAUAGUAUGUAAAACAUUCACAUAUUAAAGUUAUAAAUUUUCUGAAAAUCAAAAAUGUGUAAAAAUGGAAUGAUUUAAAAUAGCUGAUUUUUGGUGAUGUGGCUGCUAUGACAACGUCUCUACUAUGUGCAGACAGAAUCUCAUUCUAGAAAAAGUAAAUUAAAUGUAUAUUACUGAAUUUCAUACUUCUGAAUCUUACUAAUAUUUCUUGAAACAGACAAAUUUAAUGACAGAAUGUGUUAAAGCUAUGGCUGUUAAACAACACAAUUCAGCCACAUUCCGUUAGCAUGCUAAGACUGUGUUGACUCAAUUCUGCUGUCUUACCACGAUGUUAGCAUUCUGUUACAGGUAAAAGCUAAAGUAAAGGUUAAGAACAACACUGUUUCACAAUCCAGAAUGUCUUUAAUACAGGAUCUAAAAACUGGAAAGAAUAUAACAUUUGCAUAAACUGUAUACUUAAGAAACAUGUUUUUGUUCUGUUUUAACUUCAGUACUAGCAAAGUAAUGACAAAAGACUUCCAAAGUAUGCCCAUCUUAAUUUGUCUAAUCAUUGCUAUUUAUUAAAGAUGUAGACAAAAGUUCCUUUUACACUUUUUAAAAUGUAUUUUAUUUUUAGUUAACUUUUAUUUAACCAGGCAGAAGAUUAAGAAAAAAAAACAACAACUGUGUCCUUGCAGUUUUCUGAUGAGAAGGGGUUCUCUGAAAACAGACUGUUAAAGAACAACAGGAAUGAAUUGUGUUUGAUUGACUUUUGAACUCUGCAGUGAGAUGAAUACCUAAUUUUUUUGCAUUCAUCAGUAAGAUGAAUUCCUUUACUUUACAACUAAGGAUUUAUUCUAUUGUACACACUCAAAGAUCCAUGUAUAAGAAGCUAUAUAGAAACAAAUCUUAUCAAAUCAUUGUGAUAAGCCAUACUAGAUCAUAAUUUGUUUCCAUUGUAUUUUGAAUAUUCUAAUUGCAAUUUGGAUAUAUAUUUAAGACUAAUGUACUACAAAUUAGAAUAAAAAAGACAACUACACAUAAAAUAUUAAUGUGUGAUGAAAAUGUAUUUGCCAACAACUUUGCAAUAGACUUCCUAUUGGUGCCUCACGUUGUCUUCCCUUUCACUGGGUUACUAAACCAAAAAGCAGAUAUUUUAUAAUUCAGAAUAGAUGCUAUAAACAUAGCAGACAUGUCUGGCAAAGUUACAUGUAACCUUGGAAAUAACACCAAUUGUCAACUGCUAUUGUUAGCUUAUUUUGCUUAUGACAUAUAUAUGUAACAAUAUGCCAGCUGGUUUGGCAAUUUUUUUAUUGGCUUUCUGUGAUUUUGAAACAACAUAGUCAGCAACAAAAGCUGUUAAAUGAGCUUGAAAAACUGAACAGGUUUCCAGUGAUACUUAAAUUGUGAAAAUUAGACAAUUUAUUGCAUAUAAAUCCAAAUAUAAAAUACAAUUCUUUAAAUAAAAAUAGUCGAUUCAUAGAUAAUGUAACUAGAAAGUCUGGAAUCCCCUGUUUUAUGGAGUGACAUUACAAUCAGUAUUAAAGAAUAAUAGAAAAUGAAUUAAUAUGACAUAAAUCGUGCAAUAAAAAAUCUCUAUAAAAGUAUAAUUAUAUAGCUAUAUAGAGCAUAAACAUAGUAAAAAAAUAGUCAAAAUGGUUUAAAGAAAUUAAUGUUAUUUUCUUGAAAACAUGUUUAUGUCUUAUUAAUUAUUAGUAUAUGAGAGACAUUUGGAAAAAAAACUUUGCCAACCCUCAACAGUUUAGCUGGAUUUUUUGUAAAACUUGCUGUGUUUCAUUUGAUUGUUACUUUGUUGUUAAACAUGUUUACAAUUAAUUUUACAUUAAAAUUCUAUUUAAAACCAUUUACAGUUUGUAUAUUUAAUGCAUGAGUUACUAUCUUGGGCUUGACUGGCCCAAUUGUAAUGUAAUAAUCUGCUGCUUAUAGAUCACAUGAUGGUUUUGCACACCAAGUUUAUAAUUUACCCUGUUUUUUAUUUUUAUACGGGCCUGGUGGGCACAUUAUGAACUUUGGUAACACCUCCACCCCACCCCAUGAUGUCCAUGUUGUGGACAUCAGCAGAGAAAAAGUGGAACGAAGAGCACACAGAAGAAGUUUAAGCAGCUACAAUAAUGGAUAAUGUCUGGUGUUGAUGUGUGUUUAAUAUGCUGGUGAAUGUUAUACAAGAUUCAUUUUCCAUGAUUCCAAGAAGGAAAAACCUUCAGAAAUGUUUUAUUGGGUCAUUUCGCCCCAUAUCCCUGUUUCAUACCUUAGCAGUAACAUUUUGCCCCUUUUGUCCCAAUGUACUUAAACCAUGGAGUAUCAGUUUAUUUGUCUUUGUCAUUAAGGAUUUCAAUAAACUGUAGAGAUCAUUUAAAAUUUUUAAUCUCAUUGUACAUUUGUAUAAUGACAAUAAAAGCAUUAUAUAAAGGGUCAUAAAUAUGGUCAGAACUCGAAUGUGAUUUAAUUUAACUUUAUAAUAUUAUCUGAAAUAUUUGAAUCACACUCAAUUUGGUUCGCAUCCCUGUUGGGGCCCGUUUACUCGUAUAAAACAUGACAAAUUAGCACCCCUAACAUCAACAUCAAACCGAACUAUCUCUGAGUGGCACUUGCAAAUAAUAUUUAUUGGAGUCAGAUAACCAAAUGUUUUUCAGUAGUUUAUGAGUAUGAAUAUAGAAAAUCACUUUAAAUCAUUGGCUUCAAAGUGGUUAUGAAACAUUUAAACAUCAAAUUUAAUAUAAUUGUUAAGGCACGAAAUGGCGAACGAGUGAAAUGACCAAGACCUGUUUAAAUGUACUGUUGUACAUAAAAAUUUUACAAAAUGUUUAGUAUACAUUAAGGAGAAAGUCUUGUGAAAGUUUCUUUGAAAAGUAAAACCAACUCUUUUUCUGAUACACAUGAACAUAUUACAUCCCUAACACAUUUACAGAUUAGGGAGCAACAAAUCCUAUGUAGAUCUCUCUAAUAUUGUUUAUUUUAAUGUUUUUCCACAUUUUGUAAUGUUUCCAUUUCAUGAUUUUGCUAUUUGAGAUUAACCUUUCCAGUAGAUGUGUAUGUUUGUUUGUGUUGAUAAAGACUGUUGUUGAAGCAUGUUAUUUCAGUUUGUGCACUUCAUUCUGACACAGUUAAACUGCAGUUGACAGGUAAUGGUAACUCCUGAUUAUUUCACUCUUGUUCAUAAUGACAGUAACAUUCAGAACCUGAGUAAUUUAGUAAUUUUUAUAUUUGCUUUUGAAAUCUUCAGCUAAACAAAUACGACAUGACAAAUUGAAAAAGUUAAAUUCUGGUGUGUCUGAGCGUGAUUAUUUUAAAUAUGGGUUAGAUGAUGUGAACUUAACAUUAAUGGCUCCCUGUUUUUCUCUUUGCAGUGUUAAGUUUCUAGUAUUCGCCUUCUCUGUUAGGAGGAGUCAGUAACUGGUAAACAAAAUUGCGGCUGGAGCAACAUAUGCGACAGGCUUGUCACGGAUGGACAGUUGAAAGGAGAUCUUUGAGGUGAAGAGAGAGACCAGAGGGUAAUCAUGAAUUUAAAAAAUAUAUAAAUAUAUAUCACAUGGUCUGCUCCUCACAUUGUUACCAAAGCAGCCUCCUGGAUCGCCGACCACACUAUUUGACAACAGUUCAUUUGACCCCUCACCUAGUCCUUCUUCCUGUACCCGUUUACCUUCAAGCUGACUGAGCAUUGCACUGACACACUUUUGGAGAAAACAGGACUCCUGAUGAAACAUCCCAGAUGACAUCUCUCUGACAGUGUUUGAGCACCAUCCUGCUUAUUUACCAAAUCAGCACCGCCUUUAGUGCGGAACAACUGAGCAAGUUUUCAGUCAAGCACUCGUCUUUCAUCCUGGACUCAAAGAACAAUGUAGCAUCUCUGCUAACACACUGUAGCAUCUGUUGGUUGGGAAAUACCUUCACUUAAAACUGAUGUAUCCACAGUUCAAUGAGAGAGAAAAUUAUGCAUUCAAGGGAUCUUCUAGAUGUCACUCCUGUAUUCCUUUCCAGUGAAGAAGAAGGUCAUUGAGGGAGCACAUGAGAGACAAAGGAUUGGUCUUAUUCAAUGCACCAAUAUGAGACGAAUCACAGGUCUUAAAUGGAACCCCCUGACAGUCCCUUGGUAAAGUUUAGCACUUAUAGUCUUCCAUUAACUUCUAUUAGACUGAAGUACUGCCCUGCUCAUCAAACAGCACUAACUCUGAAGCUGAACAAUCAAAGCACAUGUAGCAUUAUCGUAAACAAGUCAUAGAAGUCCAUUUUAUAUUCGCCCUAAACAGUCUACAUCCCUAAAUAGUGGAAAAAGACUUUUCUUUAUCUCUCAUGUACUGAUAUGGGCUUGCACGAAAAUCUGUGUUGGGUACCAAAGGUCCUUUAGCAUGCACUUGCUGAAUGACCCCCUGUAAUGUAUAGUAGAUUAGUGGAGAUUUUUAACAUAGGAUGAGGCUUCUACUCCCUCUCAUACUAACCAUUGUCUCUUAGUUCUUUAACUGCCAGUAGCUUCCCGUGCCUCACUACACACGUAAGAAACAUCCCCAUGUUUGGGAGAAACAGACAUGAGUAAAUACUGACUCAAGGAGUCAAACCCUGUUGGGAAAUCGCCCUGCCUAAAUUACAGCAAAAAUAAAAACAGUUCUACACUGUUUUGAACGGGACCAAUCUGAUGAUUAUUUCCCCAACACUGCCAAUUAGGCACAAGACUCCUCCAGUGCAUACUGCCCUGCCUCUCUCUUGUCCCUCUUGCUGCCAACAAGUGCUUCACUGGCAACACAAUGUCACAAUGAAGUUCGGGGGGGGGGGGGGUCCUUAUAGGCCAAAAGGAUAUAUUCAGAGAAACGGAGUAGAGCAGGCGAGGACGUGUACAAAGAGAACAAAUCUAUAUUUUGAUAAACAAAUCUACGAUGCUCCAUGACUUUGGAGAAGGGUUUCUGUUUGGGAAGAGUCCAGAAAGGCAGAAAGGAAACAAAAUCGAGGUCUUACAAGCUUGAAACGAAAAUGUGCCGGUGGAAAAGAUCCAGGAAAAGAAGUAUUCCUUCAUCCCACAGGUGUUGGGGAAAAAAGAGUUUUUGAAACAAGCAAUGACUGACUCGCCCAUUCAUACAUGGAAAAGACAAAGGAUGGACAAUAAGAAUAACGGGAAAAAAUGCAUUUUUGUAACUUUGUUUACCAGCAUGACUACUUUGCAUGACUGUCUUUUCUGCAAGCCCUUAGUUGAAGACAAGGGUGCUAGAGAUACAAAAAAGUAUAUAUAAAAUAAAUUUAAAAAAUGUUAUAUGCAAUUAAUGUUUUAAAAAAGAUUAUAAUUAAAGAGAAGAGCUAUAUUUUCUUUUGAAAAGUAAAAAAAAUGUGAAUAUUGAAACAUGUAUGUUUGCAAAGUACACCCUAAACUAUGUUUUGUUUGAUGAAAUUUCUCUGCUACUACUGCCCUACACUCUUCAUUUCAGUGUUUAUGACCUCUGCCAUGAUUUUUAUUUUGUAAUGCAUUAAGCAGCAUACUUUCUAAACAUUCAAUCAACCAACUUUGCCCAUAGCAUAUGAGCAAAGUGUGCUAUUUGUUUUCAGUCACAAAGUCCAUGUUUCCUCCUUGAAUUGUUUGCACAUCUUCAGUAGCAAAAGCAGCAGCCGCACUGAAACAGCAGCUCUCCUUGUCGCAGGUCUGAAAGCUUGAUUAGUUAUCAUAGUUUGCUUGUUUUCUUUGGCAAUAACGAAAGAGUUGUCACGACUGUAGCAGAUAAAAAUGGAGUCCUUUGAGUUACUUUCAAAGCUUUGGUGUUGAAGGCAUUCUUGAGAGCCUUGGAUGCCUCGUUUGCAGAGAUAGCAGUCUCACCCUCUGCAGAAGAACAGGAACACCCUUCAGAUUAUAAAAGAUGCAAUAUGGCAAGGAGUUAAGAGAUUUUAUAGUUGCAUGGAACUAACUGCCAUUCCAGAGUUAGAGUGUGGGCUUAGGGACUCAGGUGUGCUGAUAGUGUGUGUGGAUGUAGGUGUUUUGCUAUUUUCUUUGUAAGCAUAAUAAAUUCUAGUAUAUAGAAACAUGAUAAUGUGAACACCUCACAGUGAUGUGUAAAAAAAUGCAUGCAUUAUGACUUGAUAAUCUCUCAAGGGGGAACAGAGUCUUGCCAUUUCCCCUCGGCCUUCUGUCAUUGUUCCUGUCAUGAUUCCAGUCUGGAUAACUUUAUAAACACUGUGCCGUGUUCUAGAGCAGCAAAGUCUUCCUCGGAGAGGCAACUGAAAACUACUCACACUCACAGUGUCAGCAUGAGUGUGUAGAGGUAGCUCGUCUUCAUUAUUUUAAAAACGUCAGGUCUUAUCAUCUGUCAUUACCAUACGGUUGAGUUCUUGUCAUCCUGCUGGCUAGCUCACUGCAUCAUACAACGCAGUCAUGCAAGCACCAAUCAAAGAGACCCAGAGCUUCCAAAAUGAUGUCAGAAAGUGAGGCAGAAAGGGUAAGAAGUAGAGGUGUCCACCUGAGGCUAGACUGGUAAUAAUGAAAAUGGUGAAAAAUUGAAGGAAGACGAAGGUGAUCUGAGUUUUGAGGGGUCUUCCAGAACCUCUUCUUUGGUUUGGAUUUCCAAGUGAGUUUCAGGCCCUGCUGGUCCGGGGUUUAGCUUAAGCAGCUGAAUGGUCCUCCGCUCAUUUCUCGUACUUUCACCUGGAAGCUGACCACAACGCCGUGUGAUGUAGACUACAGAGAGCGUUCAACAGUUCUGUGGAGUCUGCACAGGUUUUACAGGGUCUAGAACUUUCUCUAGUUGCAAAAAUGUUUUGGGGGUACGUAUCUUUUUAAAACACAGUUUUAAGUUUUCAUUUUGAAAGGUUCUCAGAGCUUGGAUGUCCACAGAGAUUUUUCAUAAAUGGUGUGCACACCGGCAAAAAAAACUUUGCUUCACCCAAAUAUUUGUGAAGUUUUUUGGUUUUUUUUGGCCUGGUAGUCCAUCUAUUUUCAUUCCAUUGUUCUCCAGUGUUAGGUUCGCUAUAUCUUUGUUCUCCACAUUGUGACUAUCUGCCAGUGGCAGGCUGAAAAAGAUGUCUUUUUUUCCCCUAAUGCAUAAUACUGCCAUUUGAUUUAGACUCGGUGAUCAGAAUGAGUUACAAUGUUGAUUGUGCUAAGUCUGUUUUAUUUUUAAAGGUUUUUUAUUUGUUGGAAAAUGUAAAAAAAAAAAAAAAGGCACCUCACACCACCAAAAGAACAGAAAUGCUUUACUUGAUACGUAACGGCUACUUUGUGUUAGUUUGACAUGUCCUCUGCAGAUAUUUGGAAGCUGUCACAUUGUCCUUGGAAAACACAUCCUCCAAGUGCAUCCUGUUGAUUUGACUUACAUGUUUGUUCUUUUCCAAAAUGUUUUCAUUUUGUCUCUUUGUUUGAGGACACUGUAUGCAAUCCACACCAUGAAUGCCACUGAUCGACACUUACUGUAUGCUCCCUGAGACGCAGAUGUGCUGUCAUCAGUUUAGAUGUUUUCAGCCACCUAUUUAGUGGCUUUAUGGCUUUCCAUAGAGUGACAUAGCAAUCACAUAUAUCUAAAAAGAUUAUUUUACAAAUUGAUAAGACUAGAGUUGUUUCAGAGCAAAUUAUAUCAUACUAUAUAAAGUUUUUUAAUAUAUUAAAUGUUAUUUUAAUUAGAAAAUAUGGCAAAAGUCAAACCUUAUAGACGUUUAAUUUAAUGCAUCAAACACCCACAUAAGCAUCCCAAAGAUUCAUUUUACAUGCUAUUAUUGUGUAAAACAGACUUAGGUACUGGUCCAUUGUACUGUGGUCUUAAAUGGAGCAGGAAUGGGAAGAAGAGGUGGUCACUGGAACGUCAGGUUGUGACUUACGCCGGAUUUCAUUUUUGAAAUGUUGGAACACGAAGAACAACUCAUCAAGAACUGUAUAAAGUAUAUUUCAAUGGAAUGUUCAUGAUCUAUCUUUUUAUAUUUUGAAGAGAAAAAAAUAGACACAUAUCAAUAAAGCGUCAUAAUUGAACAUAUUUCUACUAUUGAGACUUAAAAUGUAUGAAUGUCAAUGGGAUCUAAUGUGAACCAACCUGCAUUGCAGCUUGAAUGAAUAACUGAACAACAGUCAUGAGAUGCUUUUUCAGAGACGAUGAAAUUGCUUAAAAAUCAGUGAGAUCAACCUAAAAUAAAAGAAAAGUAAUCACA